AUUCCCAAAAGCACUCGUCUCCUCUCUCGCAAGAAACAACCCAGUAAAAAAUCUCUGUACAAAUCCACCUUUGAGAAGCAGAGGCAAUGGCAAACGAAAAGUCGGUAAUGGCGGUCAUCCGAGCCGCACGCCCAUCUUUCCGCAACCCCAACGACAAGGUCGCCUUCGCCGUCCACGCUUCCUUCGUCGCCUCCGGCUACCACUUAAUCGCCGCCGGCCGCUCCGCCUUUUCCGAAACUGCCCUCUCCUCGACAUCAACUGAGGAAGUGGGUAUUGAGAAUUGGAACGAACUGGAGAACGAGUACGCGUUCGUGUAUUCGAACCCGGAGAAGGGUUCGAAGAAGAUUGUGGUCAAGUGUCUUGUUAUUAAUGGAACAUUGAGUGUGGAUGCUGUGGCUGAUGGGGCUUCUCAGAAUGUUCAUUGUGAAUUCAAUGUUGGUGAUUAUGUGCAAGAAAAUGAGGGGAGUAAUUACUCUGCACAGUUUAAGAAUUUGGACAGCUUGGUGAAGAAUCUUGGUACUCUAGUUUUGUUGAAAUUGGAGGAGAGUUCCACGCCCAAACCGAUAAGAGUUGGAUAUCAACCUGUUAAUGUCGGCGGUAGUGAUGAGGAUCUUUACACUGGGCCUGGUGCUGGAAGGCAUCCGGGUGAUGGUGAUGAUCUUUAUCCUGGGACUGGCACUGGUCCUGCGAGGUUUCCAGUGGGUGGUGGCGAUCUUUAUCCUGGACCUGGUGCUGGAAUGCCUUCCAGGGGUGGUUUUGACGAUGGAAGCAUGUUUGUAGGACCCAAUGAUCGUAGAUUUGGUGGCGUUGGACAACCUGGGUUUCCGGGGUUUCCUGGAGGACUACCGGGUGUUCCCGAUCCUCGUUUUGGUGCUGAAAGCCCAUUUGGUCUUCCUCCAGGUGCUCGGUUCGAUCCAUAUGGCCCCCCUGGUAUUCCCGAUUUUGAUCCAGAUUUUGCAAGGCGCCCACAGGGUCCAGGACGCAGGAUACACCCUGACUUGGAGCAACCCGGGAGUGGUUCGGACUUUAUCUAGAACCGGUCAGACCCUAUCUGAGAGAACUUACAAGUGUAGUAGUUUGCUUUUAGCUUGAUCUCGUCUGUGUGAGCUCUGUUGUUGACGUAUUAAUCAGUUAGCUUUCAACAAACUUAUGGGUUCUGGUCCCUGAUGUAACUUUGUAAAUGGGUGUUCAACUAAUGUAAAGCUCUUUGGCUUAUCAGCCGCUUCAAGCCGUCAAGUAUAUCAUGUUCUGUAGG